AUGGGUUGGCUUCUAUGUUUAAUUGGUGAAAGAUUGCCUCAGCUAGUAACCCGUCGUAUUCAUGAGUAUCUGAUCCUUGGAUUUGCCUUGAAUGGUAAUCCAUACUUGGGUAUCAGUAACAGCGAUAAUGACAUUGUACAUAUCAGCGACCAUCUAUUCCAGCAUUUGCUUCAAGGGCAACAGAUGCAGCUUGUCGUUCAAUCUGUUGCUGAUCUGCUGGAUCAGUAUCUGCUCUGGAUUAGAGAUAAUGCACCAUUAUCUUCUGAUUUGCAACGAUUUACGUUGGGCUAUCUGUUGUCAUUACCUAAAAUUUCGCCCGCAUUAUUCCAAGAAUCUUGGUCUAUCGUCUUCAAGCGUCUCUUAGAGAAUGACAAUGCUGGCACUGUGUUUUUGUAUGAAAAGACGACAAAGAGCUCACUGGUAAAGACGUCAGAAGGAGUACAGGAUUUGGCCAGCGUCUUUCCUCGUUGGUUGACUACCAUUGCAUUUGAUUCAAAGGGACCCAUCAUGAAACACGCCAUGGAUGUCGCAAUCAUGUUGGACACAUUAGCGCAUGAUACACGAUUAAAUUUGACAUAUCUCAUUCCUACGGGCGACAAGUCUAUUAUAGAUACAUUGAAACCAUCCUUUGAGCAACUUGAUUUGAUGCCUACCUCUAUUGAUCUGGUACAAUGGACAAUAUCCAUCGUCUCCUCCUCUUCAUCCAAACAGCAACGAGGGGUAGAUGAUCUUAAAAUUCCACUGUUUCUAUUGCAAUUAGUCAUUCUGAAAGAUGGAGAGUCAAAGGAGAUGGCAGUCGAUAUGUUUGUGCAGCUGAUCACUCGAUUAGAUAGGCCCACAGACCCGAACUCUUCGUUAGGAGCUCGUUAUUUGGCAUUGAAUCUUGUGUCGUCCGCUGAAUCAAAAUGGCCUGGUAUCUUUCAACUUGUGCUGGAAAACAUAUUUUCAAAGGCCAUUGCAAUGCACAUUGCUGACAGCGAGGGUUCCGUGAAUAUUGAAAAGAUACUGGCUAAUUUGGCCAUGCUGUUUGAACCACCCGAUAAUUCGUCACCACAACAACAACCCGGCUUUCAUGCCUUUCAAGCUUAUCUAACAAGUCAUUGGCGUCAAGUGCUACUCUUGUUCUUGAAUCACCCCUCCAUGGAAUGCCGUGCAAUGGGCUACCGUGUCUUGACAAACUCUCAUUUUUGGGAGAACAGUGCUCAUGUUGAAGGCUGUGAUCCUCAGACUAUAGCCAAGCUACUUAUGGACGCGUGGUUUCGACACAUCAAGGGCCGUUACCUUCGCUUUGGGCAAGCAGAAGAGAUCUCCGUGGUGGACGAACAACAGCGUCUUAUUGCGCAUUGCUGCCAACAGCCAGAUAUAGCAAAGACAAUGCUGACAUUUGCCAUAGAUGGCAUCUUGGGAGGUGCGUUGGAAAUUUUCCCUUCGGUCGACGUCAAUGCACUGCAACAGGAGAAGUUGAGCUUGUUUGAUAAAGUACGUCAAGAAGAAAAAGAAAAGUUUAUGCCUCAAGAGGCACAUCAGUUUCGAAAACCACCUCAGUUUGUCACAACCAUCGAGUUUCUGACAGAGGAGGAAUUUGACGUGAGAGAUAGCAUUUACAUUGAGAACAUUCAGAGAACAGCUGCCUUGUUUUUCCAGUUUAGCGAGCUGCCAAAUAUCUCUACAGAGCAAUUCCAAGAUGUGAGUUCCCAUGCCCUUUCUCGACUCACUUCCAUAUGGUUGCCGAACACUGUUCCACUAGACUCUUAUGAUGAUGUACUACCGAAAAAUAUUCCAUAUCAAUGUGAUAUCAACAUUGGAAAUGCGUUCAAGGACCAUCCUGUUUUAUUCCUUAUAUUUGAAAAGUAUACAUCUGGCCAAAACCAACACUAUUCCUCAUCAGCAGCAAACGAUAUUGUUCGCAGUAUCCUCGUCUAUUUUAUUGUCUUUUGGCAUAUGAAGGAAGUGGUCAAUAUUCCAACUGCUCUCCGAUUUGCGACGCAAUUGGAAGAAACGACAAGACUCAUUUUGCUGCUAAAACCCGUUUUACCUCAGUUCUUGGUCGAUGCUUAUCAAGUGUUUCCAUUCAUGUCAGCCAAGGAUUUGGGCGACAUCUUAUUUCAAGUGGUAUGGUAUUAUUUGCGUUGGCACCCAGCUACUAGCAAUCGAGCACAGAUACCAGGAAUCAAGGCUAAAACUACCGUCGAAUCUAUUAAUGAUAAUGAGCUGAGGGAAAAGUGCUUUAAGCGACUGAUGUCCAUUUGUGAGAAUCGCUUGAAGUUGCUGAAAAGCGUGCCUUCUUGGCAUCAAGCACUUCAAGACGUUGUGUCUACACUAGGAAAAUCGUUCGACACUGCUGAAUAA